UUAUCUACAAAUUUCUUUUGUCUAAGAUCUUCACAUUUUGCUUCUGCACCCCCUACCCCCCUCAGCUUUUACCCUCAUUCAACCGGUUUCUCUCCUCCCUUUUACUCCAUCCCACAUGUCAUGUGCUGCCAUCCCGUGGCCCCCUCCUCUCGCAGCUACCCAAAUCGCUCCUCUGAUUGGCCAGUCGCCCUUCUCUCUCCCGGUAGCCGGAGGAGGGGUUAACCCGGGAUCACGUGGAAACCGCCAACCCUCCUUGCCCGAAAAGGUUAAUGAGCUUAGCAGCUGAGCUUGAGGUGCUCUGCCAGUUGCCAGUCGAAGUCAAUUACCAGUGAUCACGCUGCCAGGCCUUGUUCUGCAGCAUUCAGUAGUUUCGUGAAGACUUAGUUCUGCGCCUUGGAGAGGAUGGCGCCUGCUCAUCCCGGUCGGCCCGUUCCUUUUAAAGACAGUAAGUCAGUAAGUUAGUAGUCAAGUCAAGGGGGUCUAGACUAACUAGACUAAGGUAGUCAGCAUUAUGUAGUCCAGUUUCAGCCCAUUCCAUGUUUCUCUGAUGCCCGUU